UCCCCCAGAGCGGCUGGGCAUCGGGGCUGCAGUGGGAGGUGUGUGACUAUGUGCGGAUGAUCGAGGCGGACCGUAAACAGUGCCUGGAGGACGCCCCGCUGGAGAACGAAACAGCAGGCUGCAGCAAGAUGUGGGAUAACCUCACCUGCUGGCCGGCCACCCCUCGGGGCCAGGUGGUCAUCUUGGCCUGCCCCUUCGACCUCUCCCCCAUUCAAGACCGCAACGUGAGCCGAAGCUGUACUGAUGAGGGCUGGACACAGCUGGAGCCUGGCCCCUACCCUGAUGCCUGUGGCUUCGAUGACAAGGAAUCAGGUUUGGAUGAGCAGCAGCUGAAAAUGUACUACAGUUCUGUGAAGACUGGCUACACCAUUGGCUACAGCCUGUCCCUCGCCACCCUUCUGGUUGCCAUGGCCAUCUUGAGCCUGUUCAGUCUAGUCCCCCACAAGAUGGCCUUGCACCUGGGGACAGGGUACCAGAGGGUGGGCUGUAAGGCAGCCAUGGUCUUAUUCCAGUACUGCGUCAUGGCCAACUUCUUCUGGCUGCUGGUGGAGGGCCUCUACCUGCACACCCUGCUUGCGGCCUCCUUCUCCGAGCGGAAGUACUUCUGGGGGUACAUACUCAUCGGCUGGGGGUUGCCCAGCAUAUUCAUCAUGGUGUGGAUUAUCACCAGGAUCUAUGUUGAGGAUCGUGGAUGCUGGGACGUCAUCAAUUCCUCAUUAUUGUGGUGGAUCCUAAAGGCCCCCAUCCUCACCUCCAUCUUGGUAAGGCCUCCUCCCACUGCUAGAGAUGAGGAAACUGAGGCCCAGACGGGGAAGCUGGCCAAGUCCACCCUUCUGCUGAUCCCCCUGUUUGGAAUACACUACACCGUGUUUGCCUUCUUCCCCAUCAAUUUUAAGGCUGACGUGAAAAUAGUCUUUGAGCUCGUCGUGGGGUCUUUCCAGGGUUUUGUGGUGGCCAUCCUCUACUGCUUCCUCAAUGGUGAGGUGCAGGCGGAGCUGAGGCGGAAGUGGAGGCGCAGCAACCUGAAGGGCAUCUUGGGCCGGGGUUCCAAAUACCAGUACUCGUCAGGAGGCAGCAACGGGGUCACAUGCAGCACACAGGUCUCCAUGCUGACCCGCGGCAGCCCCAGCGGGCGCCGCUCCUCCAGCUUCCAGGCCGAAGACUUUCUGGUCUGAUCGCCAGGGACCCAGGGCAGCCCCACCAGCCUGGGCGGCAUCGGGGGCAGAGGCCUGCCCCGGCGAGGCCAGCCCCGGCCCUGGGCUCGGAGGCUGUCCUGGCUCUCCGCCCCUGGAGAACGCAGCUUUUGAGCCUCCCUGUGCAGAGGAGCGUGCAUAGACCGGCAGGUGCUUCUCUGCAAGCAGGAGCCCUGAGAGCUCUUACCCUGGAAGAUGUGGGGUGGAGCUCAGUCGUCAGGCUCCGCCUCCAAAUGCCCCCUUGGCCAAUCAAAGACAAGAAAUUCGCAUACUGUCAAGUGACUCCGCCCCCUCGUGACCUAUCUGCGGAAGGUAACCGCCCACCCCUAAGCAAGGCUUGUGGGAAUUAGACUGACAAAGGUCAUGCCCCUAAAAGUCACCCGCUGCCACCACCUCGACAGUGCCUGAAGUUCUACCCUUGCUGUCAAGUUCCUUUGGGUUAAGCAUUGCCAUUCAAGCAUCUCUCAGAGGAUGCAGUCCCCUCCCCCAGUGUCCUCCUCUUAGUUGCCAGCUCCUCAAGGUGAAUGAGUUUCUUGGCCUCAGGCAGAUUGCGGUUGUGACAUGGAGUUCUAGUCCGCGGAGCACAGCUAUAUCUUCAUAGUCCCCGCUGACGUGGAGUGGUCCCAGGAUGGCUGGAACAAUUCAAUGGAGACUGCCACCAGCCCUACCCAUCUCCAUGGGCUAUAGGCUGCCCACCUAUGUGCCAACUGUUAGAACCAGGCUCAGAGAUGUACACUCAUGGGCACUUUAACCUCACAUCAACCCAGCAAGGUGGGAACUCCUGCCCCUAUUUCACAGAUAAGGAAACUGAGAGUAGGUACCUCGCCUUGUCACACAGCAGGAUUUGAACUCAGAUCUGGCUGAUGGGAAAGUGAAAGCACAGACUUUUAACUGCUACCUUUUGUAUCUUGUAACAUGCUGGAUCCUCUUGGUUAUUUGUAUCACCACUAAUAUUGUUAUCACCACUGUCCCUGCAACGCCAUUCCCCCCCAACCCUCCCUGGAGUGUGGCUGGAGUCCUCUGGCCCAUGUGUCAUCUGAACAAGAGCCUGCUGGUUGUGGCAUCCUGUGCCUGCCCUGCACCCCUGUGGCCACGUGGCCUCCUGCCCACACCCCAGCCAGAAGUUCCCCUCAGGGCAGCAAACACACGUGGCAACAAUAAAUGUGUGGUGGGAUUGGC